AUGCCAACGCCUAACGCCCACAACGCAACGCCCAGCGGACACGACGCCAACGAGGACGACAACACGCCAGGACGACAACACGCGAAAACGACGACACGACGCGAUGACGCGUCGACAAUGCGCGCCAACGAGACCACUCCCUCCCCCUCCCCUGCUGCUCAACACUCCUUCCUCUCCCUACUGCUCACCCACUACCCACCAUCCCCUUCCCCCUCCCUUACUCCCCCUCCUUUCCUGCUCACCACUCCCUCCCUCUCCCUACCCCCUCCCUUCAUUCCCUACCCCCUCCCUUCAUUCCCUACCCCCUUCAUUCCCUACCCCCUCCCUUCAUUCCCUACCCCCUUCAUUCCCUACCCCCUUCAUUCCCUACCCCCUUCAUUCCCUACCCCCUGUCUUCAUUCCCUCAUUCCCUACCUCCCUGCCCCUCCCUUCAGUUCUUCCCCCCCCUCUAGUUCUUCAUUCCCCCCACUCCCCAGCACCCCUACCCCUCCACUCCUUCCCCCUCACUCCCUCCACUUUUCCCCUCUCCCUCCACUCCUCCCCCUGCCUCCACUCCUCCCCCUCCCUCUAUCUAGAUUCAAUGUAGAUAAAUUCCAUCAUGUAUUUUUAAUAAAUGAGUUGAAAUGA